UUUUCUUGUCAGGACAGGGAAUGGAGAGAUGGGCCUGUCCACUGCUAUUCCAAUCCCAUCCUGGGAGGGCACUGUGGCACAAGCAAAACACUACAGGGACACAUGAAAGGUCCCUUGCUGGCACAGACGAUGCUCAGUCGCCAAGCAACCAAGAAGCAGCAAGCUCAGCAGAGGUGCUUUAGGGAAAGUCGAGGGAAACAGAAGAGGGUGUACACCUCUUAUCUGGAAGGAGAUGAGAUGGAAGGAGGACAGAGGGUUCGGCUUGUGUCCAGGCCAAUGCAACAAAACAUCUUCUGGGAUGAAUCUGAAGGACGGAUUCUGGAUGUAAGGGAGAUGCUGCAGCCAAGUCCACAGUUGACAGACCCAAACGUGGGAGACACGAGUGACAAACCACUAAUGGAAAAUGGAAUUCCAUCAGACGUAGAAAACCAGAAAAGUAGAGGUCUGGGGAAGGAAUGUUGUCAUAAAAACUGCCUGAACUCUCGAAGGAGUAGAACAGAUCUGGACAGUGGAAAAUAUAUCCACAGGAAGAAUAGGAAAUUAACAAGAGGCCUUUGUUACAGGCAGACUCUGAAAAGCACGAGUUUGCGCUUUGUGGCUCAGCAGAGGUCAAGUGUCUUUCUAUUGAUGGGUGAUCUGAGCCAGAGGACUGUGGCGGAGGAAGAGGAGGCCAAAGGGAUGGAGAAAGAGUUGAGGGACCCCGUAGUUUGA